UAUAUUUAGAUGAAACAACUUUAUAACUAUUCUUCCUUGCAUGAAUAAGGAACGAAUUAGAUGGGGGUUCAGAAAGAUUUUACACAUCUAGUUCUGCCACAGCUUUUUUUUUUUUUUUUUACUAUAAUACAAUUUUAAACAGCAAACUAAAAAACGGUGCUCAUUAAAAUUUUAGCAGUGUACUGUGUCCGUUUGUGCUCAUGUUUCAUUGAAUGGUUAUAAGGUUAUUUAAAUGUUAACGGAACACUAGAGGGCUCAGUUGCGCUCACAGGAAAAUUGGGAGGCACCACAGCGCGGUAAUACUUUGUUUUCCUUUUAGGUUAGGAGCGACCGGUUUCCAUGGACACCAUAAGCGGUUUGUAUGGGCAGCAGCGCACGGUUUUGGUACAGCCACAUAUAGGCCUAUUCUAUUAAAUAGCCACAGAUCGCAGAUAUGUCUGACGUUCUUGUACUGAGAGCAAUACAAGGAAAUGCAAAAACUUUAAACUUGAACAGUAAGAAGCUAAAAAGAGUCCCGAAGGCUGUUGGGAAACUAACUUCGCUUUCAAUUCUACAGCUGCAAAAUAACAGUAUUGCAACACUGCCAUGCGAAGUGGAAUCACUAAACAACUUGACAGAGCUCAACAUAGGAAACAAUGUCCUUGAAGAGGUACCAGUGGUACUGAAGCAUCUUAAAUCACUAAGGAAACUUCACUUGUUUGGAAACCGAAUUGAAAAAAUACCCUGCAGUGUAUUCGACGGUCUGAGAAAUUUAGUCCUCCUGAAUCUGAACAACAAUAACAUCUGGGAAAUACCACCAGAUAUCCAAUGGCUUAUUAACCUCGAACAACUCAGUUUAAACAACAAUAAGCUGAAAAAUCUUCCUUUAGAGCUGUGCUUUCUAGAGAAACUUUCAGAGCUUCAGCUAUCCAAUAAUAACCUCACAACAUUGCCUCCUGAGUUCUGCUUACUAGCAAACCUUACCAAGCUCCGUGUGUCAAGAAACUGUCUGAACGAGCUCCCUGAAGGGAUUCACAAAUUAAGGAAACUUCGAGUGAUAGAUGUGGCAGGAAACCAGCUGAAGAUGUUUCCAGCAACUUUCAAUGAACUGUUACUGGAUGAACUUUACUGUGAAGACAAUCCUUUCCUUCAGAAAAAGCUCGUCCCGUCUAUACAAGACGAGGAAAUCUUAUCUUUAAAGGAGAUCACAGCAAGGUAUAUUCUAAAGGAGCUGAGAGUCCGUCUCUCUGAAGUCCGAGUGGCUAUCACACGCUAUCCAGAGGUUAGGAUUAUGCUUUCUGAAGCAAGCAUGUGCGCCUUGUGUGGGAAGGGCUUUCUGAACAUUUGGCUGGAAUGCGUGAAGUUUGUGAAUAUAAGGAAGGAGAUGAAGAUUACCAGUAAAAUCAACACCAUACCUGUGAGAGCUUUGCUUUGCUCCUACAAAUGCUUUAACCAGCAGGGCCAUGAUUAUUAUGGUGUUGCUGUGCCAUAACAACACAUUUAUGUGUUCUGAAUCAACUGUGCUGAACAUGCCAAGCCUUGUUUGCAUAAUAUGAUAACAUCUAAUAUAUUACAACUGAUCUUUUGGUAUUACUGCACCAGCUUCAUUUCCCCUGUUUUCUGUAAAAAGUUGUUGCCACUUUUCCAUCUUCACCAUGAAACCAGUCUGUAAAACUCCCAUCUUGUUCCAGAAUCAAACUGGAGCUGCUGACGGUUCCAUUCUAUAGUCUAGAAUCCAUUCUUCGAUCUGUAAAACAAAGAUUAAAGCUCUUCUACAUGUA